UUUCGGUCGUGGCAGAAUCUGUUUGGUGAAUGGAGGGGGCAGUGCAUGGCGUCCACCUCAAAAGUUGUAGGAAAUCGCCGACCUCGAAACCCGCCUCAAGUCAAGUUCGUGUCUUUUCAAGGUUGAGAACAACCAAGAACCAGAGCGACACAAGCACAUGACUGUCUCUCUUCCUAAACCGAAUGAACUGCGACCUUUAAACCAAUCUUCUUACAUAAUGGUCGUUUGAAAAUCUCGUAUUUUCAUCUGGGUUUCCUUCAAAAUCAUUUUUUUUUGUUUCCCUUUCUUCACUUCCUCUGCCCUUCUUGUCUUGGUUCUUCUGUUUUAAGCAGCUUUCUCUUGUUGAUCAUUAAUCAUGUCAAUAUUUAAGGCUUUGAAGCAGUAUCUGUCACUAGUCUACAUUCAAUCUGAUUUGCUGUACUGGAGUGUCUAGAAGAGACGUUAUUUGGUAUAUUGACAAAAGCAAUAUCUACAGUUCCACCUAUGUUACAGGUCACAGGAUUAUUGUUAUGGCAGUUGCACCUGUUGAGAGUAUAACCUCGCUGAGUAGUGAUCUCUUCUAUGACAUAUUACGACGUCUUGAUGGCCCAACGCUGGCUAGUGCAGCUUGCACUUGUGCAUCAUUUUCUUCCAUCUCUAAAGAAGAGAGUUUAUGGGAAAAUGUGUGUUCUUCUGUGUGGCCUUCAACCAAUAGGGAAGAUGUCAAAAGUUUAAUAUCUUCUAUCGGUGGAUACAGAAAAUUCUAUGCAGAUUGUUUUCCUCUUAUUGUAAACAAGGAGGUAGGAGAGUAUCAAUGGAACAACAAUCUUCAGUACCCUGAUGAUUGGACUGAGGCCGAAUAUUAUGGGGACAUGAUUGAAUUUGAAAGCAUCUCUCCAUCAGAUUUUGUUUCCAUUGUGGAUAUCAGGUUUAAGGAGAAACCAAUCUGCUCCAAAGUUCUAUGGGGAAUUCCGAAUGCAAAUGGCUAUGAUGAGUGGUUCUUUAACUGUCCUUUCCGGAUUGAUCUUCUCAGUUGUGCAGAUAGAGAUGAUAAUAAUGAUGGUGUGGUUACCCUUUCAGUAUCUGAUGGAUUGCCACCAAUUACAUCCAUGGAAAGGGAAAAGAAAGAUGGGAAACUAUGGCAGGAGCUUCGUGAUGGUCUCUUGCUUAGUUGGAUCAUAGUAAACAAGAAAAUAAAGCAAUCUGCUAAUCUUGCAAGCUGGAGCCCUUUAGAUGGACAAAGGCAUUGGCCUACAGACAAGGAUUUUGUCUUUCGUUUUGGAUCUGUUCUCUCUGCCAAGGGCAUUCUUCCUUCUGAAGCAGUGCAGUGCAUCCUCAUUAUGAAGUUUAGAGUGGUUCACAUUGAAGAAGAGGGUGUUCAAACAAAUCUUAAGGCAACAGAGCUGAGUAUGCAGUUGGAAGACAUGGAAUGUGCUCAUGUUAAUGGGAGGAACAGUUUGCUUAUUCUUAAGGAAGCACUUAGCUGCCGAAGGAGCAACAAUUUUAGUGAAGUACUUGAAUCCUGUCUUAUGUACUCAAAAGUGCAAAAUAAGUUGAAAGAGGAGAAGAUUAAAAACGAAAGUAGGUUGGACACACUUUGCAUUUUAAGUGGCAUUGUUGCUGUAAUGACAUUUUGGUACUAUGUUUUGUGAUAUGGUAUGGCAUUGUUCGUUUUACUGGAAUAAGCUAAUGUUGAUCUAGCAGAUGAUCAAAUUUGGCACUAA